AUGGCCCCAAAAUGGCCGAUAUUUUCAAAGUCUAAAGCUAAUGACAAGGUUUUAUCUUCGGAGUCGAUUUAUGAGACUAUGAAUGGUUCUCAUGUGUACAAGAUAAAAGGAUUUUCUCUAGCGAAGGGAAUUGGAGUUGGUAAAUCCAUGACUAGUCGCAGAUUUACAGUUUGUGGUCAUGAUUGGGUUAUACAGUUUUAUCCAGACGGCGAUACUCAAGAUAGCCAGGAGUACAUAUCUUUGUACCUUAAGAUAGUAAGCCCUGGAGAAGUUAGGGCGACGUUUGAGUUUAAAUUGCUGGACCAAAGCGAGAAAGGGAAAUAUGGUGUUCAUAGAAUUUCUACUGUGAAAUCACCAACAACGUUCACGACACAAGGAGUCGCUGCGGGAUAUGCAAAGUAUAUGAAGAGGUCGGAGUUGGAGAGCUCAAGUUAUCUCAAGGAUGAUUGCCUUAGCAUCCACUGUACAGUCGGAGUGGUGAAAACUCGUGAUAGAAUAUUUCAAACUAUUGAUGAAACAGUGCAAACUCGUGCUGAGGAGGACAAAGAUUAUGUUAUUUCAGUUCCUCCGUCAGAUAUGAUUCAGAAUCUCAAGGGUUUGCUGGAAUCUGAAAUUGGUUGUGACGUUACUUUUCAAGUUAGCAAUGAAUUCUUCAAAGCCCAUAAAUCGAUUCUUGCAGCUCGAUCUCCCGUAUUUAGAGCUCAGUUUUUUGGGUUAGUGGGUAAUCCAGGCGUGGAAACUGUAGCCAUUGAAGAGUUUGAACCCUUUGCCUUUAAGGCCAUGUUGUUAUUUUUGUACUCGGAUGAACUGCCAGAACCAUAUGAACUUUCUGUUUCAAAAUCUCCUUGCACUUCAACAUCAAUCUUACAACAUCUGUUAGUCGCAGCAGAUCGCUUUGACCUUCCACGAUUGAGACUCAUGUGUGAGGCUAAAUUAUGUAAAGAAAUAAAAGCAAGUACGGCUGCAACAACACUAGCCAUAGCAGAGCGACACCAAUGCCUGAAACUGAAAACUAUCUGUCUAAAAUUUGCAGCUAAACCUGAAAAUUUGGGAGGGGUUAUGAAGUCGGAUGGGUAUGCAUAUUUGGAGAAGUGGUAUCCCUCAUUAUUGACAGAUCUGUUGAAGACUGGUGCUGUGGUUGAUAAAAUAUGA